AUGGGAUGUCUAAGGGCUGUUACAUCGCACAGCUGCCCCCACACAUCUUUGAUUUGUCUCUCAAAUCUGACUUCUCCAAAGAGAACAUUAUGUUUCCUGCAGUGCUACAGUGUUCCAUAUACAUCCUUCAACAUGUUUUUGGGAGGAGAUCAACAUGACAGAGACUCGGCAACAGCUUACAGGAUGAGUGUGGGGGCGUUAGCUAUGCUUAUGGCAGCUGUGAUACAAGGUCAGGUGAUGUGGGUGUAUAACAAAUACGCAGCAGCUCCCACACAGCAUACUUUCUCCCCACAGAACAGCACAGCCACUGGUACCCCUCAGGGAUGCGUGCUCUCCCCACUGCUCUUCUCCCUGUAUACAAACGAUUGCACUACAAAAGACUCCUCUGUCAAGCUCCUGAAAUUCGCAGAUGACACUACCAUCAUCGGCCUAAUCCAAACAGACAGGAAGUUGCAGAGCUGGCUGUCUGGUGCAAGAAGUGCGUUUCUCACAUCAGCAGUAGUCAUGGGUGCUCUGUUCUUUGUGUGUUCUAUGGUGCUGUUCCUGUGAGUCAAAGAACAAAGAGAUUCUCUCAAUGGGCAGAGUCACAUGCACACUCCCUACCUGACUGCUUUGAAGAAGCUGAUAGGUCAUGUGUCAUACAAAUGCCUGAUCCUUGGCUUUCUCUUUUCCACUUUGGCUUUUCAGAUGUCUUUAGGGAACUUUACUCUGUUUUGCACUCAUGUUGCUGGGUUAGGUGCACAGUUCCAGUACCUAACAUAAGCAAUUCUGGUGGCAGCUAUAUGUGUGCCAGUAUGGCAGAUGUCACUGGUGAGGCUGAGAAGGAAGACUGCUCUUUUUAUAGAGUUCUCUUUGUUUGAUGAUGAUAGCAAUGACAUGUCAGGAAACUUUCCAGUGUACUUGGCCAUGUGUGUUUUGGUUGGAGCUAGUUUAGCGGCACUGUUCUUGUUACCAUGGUCAAUGUUGCCAGAUGUAGUAGAUGAGUUUGCUUUUCAAAACCCUUCCUGCAAUGGCCUGGAGCCCUUGUUCUGUUUUUGCAAUAAACUCUGAGGAAGUUUGUCUGCUGGCAUCUCCACUAUGACCCUACACUACACAGGAUAUAAAGCAGGGGCAUGAAGCCAUGCAGAUGGAGUUGUCCUGGCACUCAAAUUGCUUUUGGCUCCUAUACCAAUCAUGCUGUUGCUGGUGGGAUUAGUGGGUUUUUAUCUAUACCCAAUUAAUGAAAGAUCUCGAAAGCACAUUCAACAAAAUCUUUGA